UUCUUGUUACGUGUGGACGUUUCGCGUGUAUCUUUUAAGAAACCAUUACCGUGUUAUCCUUUGUCCUGAAAUAUUAAAAUAUAGUUCGUAACAAAUACACGCGUAGCGUGUACUAAAUAUUUAGUUAGAAAUAACCUACCGUUCGUACAAAUAACUGGUGAAAUUGACAGGUGACCGUUCGUGUAGUGUGCGCUCAGUAAUCAGUUAGUGAUUCCCGCAUAGUCGUUCGAGCAUGAAUAAUAAAGAAGCAACCGGUAACAGCGUCGCGUGUCAACCGGGAGAGGCUUGGUGAUAGAGCAGUGUCGGGGUUAAAGCGUUGAGCGUGUGAUGAGUCUGCGGUGACGGCGGUUGGAUGGCGGCUGUAAGCGGACCAGCGCGGCACUCUCGCGUCUCGAUGAGUGUGUCCAUGUCGCUGAUGCAGGGCGGUACGCAGAGUGCGCCCCAGGGCGCCAUCCUGGCGGCGGCGGCGCCCUACUACCAAACGCCGGCCAUCCCGACCGACGUGCAGCCCGACAGGCCUAUAGGCUACGGCGCCUUUGGAGUCGUAUGGGCAGUGACGGACCCUCGCGACGGGCGGCGAGUGGCCCUCAAGAAGCUGCCGAACGUGUUCCAGUCGCUGGUCUCCUCCAAGCGCGUCUUCCGCGAGCUCAAGAUGCUCUGCUUCUUCAAACAUGAAAACGUACUGUCGGCGUUAGACAUCCUUCAGCCGCCAAGCCUCGACUUCUUCCAAGAAAUUUACGUAAUCACGGAGCUACUGCAAAGCGACCUGCACAAGAUCAUCGUGUCCCCGCAACAUCUCUCAGCCGACCACAUCAAAGUCUUCCUGUACCAAAUACUCAGAGGUUUAAAGUACCUGCACUCAGCGCGCAUCCUGCACAGGGACAUCAAACCCGGCAACCUGCUGGUGAACAGCAACUGCGUGCUUAAGAUCUGUGACUUCGGCCUCGCGAGGGUUGAGGAGCCAGACUCGACGAAGAACAUGACGCAGGAGGUUGUUACGCAGUAUUAUAGGGCACCAGAGAUCCUGAUGGGCGCGAACCACUACACGGCGGCGGUCGACGUGUGGUCCGUGGGUUGUAUAUUCGGCGAGCUGCUCGGCAGGCGCAUUCUCUUCCAGGCACAGAGUCCUGUGCAGCAGCUGGAGCUGAUCACGGAGCUCCUCGGUACGCCGUCGCUGGAAGACAUGCGGUACGCGUGCGCGGGCGCGCGGGCGCACAUGCUGCGGCGCGCGCCCCGCCCGCCCGCGCUCGCCGCGCUCUACACGCUCUCCGUGCAGGCGACGCACGAGGCGGUGCACCUGCUCGCCCAGAUGCUCGUCUUCGACCCGGCGAAACGCAUCUCCGUAGUUGAUGCACUAGCGCAUCCCUACUUGGAAGAAGGGCGGCUCCGCUACCACUCGUGCAUGUGCAAGUGCUGCUACAGCGCGCCGCCCGCCGCGCGCCACUACUCGCCGGACCUGGAGCCGGUCGCGCCGCACGCGUUCCACGACGGCUGGGAGAGGAAGCUCACGUCGGUGCACCAAGUCAAGGAGGAGAUCCACAAAUUCAUAGCGGAGCAGCUGCAGACGUCGCGCGUGCCGCUGUGCAUCAACCCGCAGUCGGCCGCGUUCAAGAGCUUCGCAAGCCCUAGAGCGAGUACGAAAGCAAAAGUUUGUUCCCCUUUCAAGACAGCGGCAAAAAUACUUCUGCUCUCGCCUGUGAUAUUUCUGUGCGCUGCGUAAUGGCGUAGUGCCCAAGUCCAGUAAGCGUCACCGCACGUUAUAUUGUGUUGUCCGUAUAUACGCGGGCGUUUAUCGAAGAGGCAACCCUGAACUAAGAAAAAAAAAACUAAGUUUACACAAAUUAAGUCUUAUUGGUGUCAUGUUAAGAGCUAAAAUCGUUUAACAAGUCCAUGGUUUUAGUGUUGCCUUUACGAGAAAACGUCAAUCGUAAUUUCAAAAGGGUUGAUCGUUGGAUAGUUUAUUUUUCCCAUUCCGAAUGAUAUGCAUGCGUUUUCUUUCGAUUAUCUGAUGAUUUUUUUAGCAUUUUGGCGAUCUUUUACUUUAAACUUUUGAAAUGUUUGUGAAAUGUUUUUAUAUAUAUUUCACAUUUAUUUUAGUAAUAAAUGUCCUUUUUUACUUUACUACCCCUUUCUUAAAUAUAAUUUACAAGCGAUCGCUAAAAUGCAUGUAUCAGUUGAGCAACCAGAAGAAAUAAAGGUUUUGAAUGCAGUUACUAUGCGGUCACGUUGGGAGUUUUAAUUGACUUGCUUCCGAAAUAUUUAUAUAAAAUCAUGAUUAUGAAUUACAAUAAAAAACAUUGAAAGUAGAAUAAUAUGUUGUGAUUUAUCUUGCUUGCUUUUCUUUCGUUUUUUUCACUUUAAUUUUCUUGAAAAAAUAGGCAAAAAAAAAUAUUUCGGAAACAGGUCUGCGAUCAUGGUUCAGAAAAAUAUGUUUGUCCCGAAAAGUAUUUAGUGCAUGAGUAGGCAGUGAGCAAAGUGCCAAGCACUCGGUUGUGGUGAUUUUGUCUUUUUCUAUAAGUAGUAGACUUUCAGUAGAUUUGAUUUGCAAUGCAAUUUUACAGUUGAAAUAUUUUGGAAAAAUAAAUUUAAUUUAAUCACAAAUUUCGAAACAAUGCAUGGUCGAAAAAUUUUGGGACGUGUGUUGGAAUCAAUAUUUAUAAAGAUAUAAUUUAAAUAAAAAAUACUUACCGAAUAUAAAAUAAAAUUAUCACAAAAAUAAAAAAAAAGUAAAGUUUGAUUCCAACACAAGUCCAGUGGCCUGGGUGUGGGUAAAGCACGACACAGACUUGCGACUAAUCCAUGCGACUCGCGACUUGCAGCUCGACAGUCGCGCACCCGUCGGAGCUGCCGCCGUCGCCGCACCAGUGGGAAUGACGCGAGUCUAAGCGCGGCUUCGACAAGCGCGCCCUAUAUUAAAUACGCACUCGCUAAGACUCUGUUCAAGGGCUUUGGGCGCUAUCUCCCUCGCUAACGACGAAAAAAAUGCAAACGCCGAACGGGAAUUUUUGUUUCGAACGCGCAAGCAAUUUUGAUCUCAAUGUGUUUGUGAGCGAACGCUGUUUCGCGUCUGUCUCUUUGUUUGUACGGAUGGUAGGAUGACGGUGAUCAACACUACGAUAAAAAUGAAAAAUUAUAAAAAAAUGACAAGAGCGCUUUACAUGUUUCAUUAACUUCAAAGCUAUAGUGACGAGGGUCACACUUAUUUUUAUUGAUGUAACUAACGUUUCGUAUAUAUUUUGGUAGUGAAAUGAAGUAUUCUAUGUAUAAGAUUGUAUGAUAAUUGUAAUUUUAAAUUUCGGUUUUGUCAAUAAUGAAUAAUAAUAAUAGAUGUAAAAUUCACCAAUGUACAAUUGAUAACACCAAUCGAUGUUUACAUUUCACUUAGUUUAUAUAUUACGGAUUAUAUGUGUACUGUGAGAUAUAUUGAAGUGUUUAUAGAUAUAAUUCUAAUGAUCUGAUCUUAGGAAAAAUCGAUAAAAUACACCACGUUCAUGACAUGCAAAUUUUUCGCAUUUACGACAUAACCAUGUUCUAAAUAUAUAAGUAAAAGACUACAAGAUUCCUUCUCAUUUGCGAUAGAGAAAAUACAUAAAAAAAAACAUUUAUAUAUUUACCAAAUAUUUUAUAUUUUCACUUAUAUUAUUAUAGUAGCGAUGGGUUUGUAGAUUAGUAUAGAUUGGUAUCGUAGAGAGCAGUCAAUGGGUAAGGUAACGAUUGGUUAUGAUAAGUUCCUUUGAAAUGCGGUCACGAAACUGGCCUGUAUUAUUCAAAUGGAUGUUUCAAUGUGGUGUACAACGAAUGGAGAGGGACAUAGAUAGUAUAGAGCGGACGGUAUAGAACUUGCGUACCUCGUAUAUUAAAGGGCCAUGCUUGUUAGGGAUAGUAACAUCAUUUUAUUCGCUAUUCCAUCAGAUAGUUGUGUAUGUGAGGGUAGAUUUUCGGUGUGUGCCUGAACGUUAUGUGGAUUGCAAGCAAUAAACGUUGCAAUAUAUUAUUAAACGUCUUAGAGGUAAAUUUAGUUUUAUGGAAAAUGAAUAAAAAAAAAUAUAAUGAUUUUUUUGUUCGUUAAGGCCGCGUUCAGAUGGCGAUGCGCUUAUGUCGAAGCUACUAAUGAAUCUCGACGUGUCGGCCGUCUGUACUCAGCCUGUUUUGUGUUUCCCUAAACACCAUUGUAUGUAACAUCGACUGACAUUUUUAUGUAGUUAGGUUAGAUAGAUAUAGAAGUAAAUUGACAUAUUUCAGUAAUUACAAUUUUGAUUUUAUUAAUAUCGCUGGAUAGAGGAAAAGCAGCAUUUUUAUUGUGAGCGUCAGAAAUGAUUGUGUAAAAUAUUUUAUAUAUCACAAUUUAAUACUUAAAUGCAAAGAUAUUUGUUGAUUAUUUUUUUAAAGUUGAGUAGAUUCAACUAUUAAGCCUGUAUAAAAAUAAAAAUUAGUUCAUAUUAAAAAGUGAUCGAUACGUCUACAUAAAUAUGGUGUAGAAAAAAUAAAUAUACUGCUUUUGGUCUAUACUACGGUAAUAUACAUGUGGUAGUGUGUGACGUUUAUUUCAAGCAUUUAUUAUUAGUUAUGUAAUAAUUCUGAUGUGUGAUAGUGUGCGUGUAAUUUGUCUUUAUUGGCCAUUGAUAUAAUCUUAAUAUGUAUACGUUUCAAAAUUGAUGUUCUCCUUAUUUUGUGUAGUUAUGUAUCACGCUGCUAACAUGUAAUACAUAGAUUUGUGCGAGUGUCAACGGACGUAGCCUUAAUCUAGUUCAAAACUAUAUUAGUGAUUAAAAAGUAAUUAAAAAAAUGUGUAAAUAAAUUGUGUAGUAUUAAUUAGUUUGGUAUGGGAUGUAAACCGAUAUAGAAAUCCAAUAGGUUGGCGGGUUUUCUGUACCAAUAUGCAAUAAUCUCAAAGAUGGAACGUCUGUUUCAAUAUAUAUUUUUUGGUGUUGGUACAGAUAACCGCCUAGAUGGUACAAAAUAGUGUCUGCCCAAAAUACUAUUAUCACACGUGUUGACAGAAACUUGUUAACAGAAAAGAAUAUUCUAGAAAUAGUCCUGUAAAUUAAAAGCAAAGAUGGUACGCAAAAUGCGUGCACGUGCGUCGUAAUAGUGUAUUGGACAACGGACCCCACCUUGCCUUAUACAGAUAACUGUUACUGUGAUCAAAAAUACAGCCUCCAUGCUGCCGCGUAUGACCUGUAUAUAGAUUGUACGUAGUCGCUUCCAAAUAGUAUAACAACAAAAAGCGGUCGAAGUUUCGAGAAACGCCUGGAAACUUCGACCGCUCUCCCGAGUCGAGGACUAUUACCCGAAAUAGUUUUAGAUAAUCGAUAACUGCUGUACAUAUAAGUGAUUCGAUUCGUAUUUCAACACGCUUUUAAUUCUACAUAUUAUUAAUAAUGUGUAAUUGUAAAUAAUUCGUUUCCAGACUGUUAGAGAUCUCGUUUGUUGUUUUAAGUACACGUUUCUUUCCAUUUAGCACACAAGUGAUCUUUAGUUUAGGUUAUGAGCUGAUUUUGUGUAAUUGCUACUGGAGGGUAGUUCACAAAAAUGUGGUUCCACCUAGCGGCGAUUACAUUAAAACUCGGCACGAAUUGACGUAUUUAGUUUGUAUGUUGGUCAGUCAUUUAUUUUUUUCUUGUAGCCGUAAGUUUUAACACUUGAAUGCUUACAGAGGCAAGCGAGGCACGAUUCAUGUAAAUAUUAGACGGUAAAAGGAUAAGACUUUAGUUUUUAUGUUAAUAACAAACUGCCUCUGCUCUUAGUCGCAUAUUUUUACUUUAAUUUCUAUUACUUAAGAUUCUUCUUAUAAUUAUAAAAUGAUAAAAAAAAUAUCCCCGCUCGGCUGAAUGUUUGAGACAUGUGACUUACGACUCGAACACAGAAUGAAAGCAGUCGAUAUUACGUGUCUCAAAAAUACAGUUGUCCGGAAGUUGUAAGAUUUUUUCGUAUUUUAAGACGUUUUAUUUUCACUUACCAGUCGUGUUGUAAAUAUAUAUUCGUGCACUGAUAUACGUGUUUAAGUUGAUCUAAUUUUAAAAUUAUUCAAAAUGGCUGUAUACUAAUUGUACGUAAUGCCCUUAAGUAUAAGGGCCGUUUCACACAGGAGCAUAAGAAGCGCCAUCUGGCGUUGAUUUUGAUUCUGUAAAUGCUAUCUGUGUAUCGGCCCUUUCCGCAAGCGACAGUGGUUGCGUGAUAAAGUAGGAAAAUUUCUAAAUGCUCAAAAUAUACUCAAAUUUUGAGGAGCUUUUAUAAAUUUGUCGUGUUACAAACGAAACAAUAAAAUAAGAUUAUAAAGCGUUUUAAAUUUGAAUGUAUUUUGAGAAUUUUUAUAAGGAACCAUCCAUUGUCAUUUUGCGGAAGUUAGACAAAUAGUCGGAGUUGCUUUUAUUUGCGAUAGGGACCUAUCGAUUUCCUAUAUUCGAUUAGUUACGUCACACUUUUAGGAUUGUGAUUUAGUUGGAAGGUGACAGGACGAUUGUAAAUAUAUUUGUAUUACUGUCGAGUUAGUUGCAUUUUACCAUUGUUGCGAACUGCCAAAACUAUUGUAAUAAUUUUUUUAGCGUCUUGUACCGGACACACGGAUAAUAGCAAAGUCUCACUUGUACUCAGUCGACUUAUUCGUGUACUAGCCAAUAUGUGUCGCUCAGUACAAACCUAGUUAGAAAACAUCAUUUCAUUUCGUCGCUCAAUGUGAAUACAGCUUUAGUGUGACCGUCGAACAAGUUUAGACCGUAUUACAGUAACAAUAAGGUACAUUUUUCUAACUAGAUUUGUAAUGCAGAGUAUAAAUGUAUUAGAUUGUGAAGCUACUUUAGGUACCGGGAGUAAGAGCAUUAAAACGUGACGUGCUUAAUAUCUACUCUAAUAAAUGUAAUUGUAGUGUUAAUUGAGUGUAAAUGAUGUGUAAAUGUGACUUCCGGGAAGGUAAGAGAUGAGCAGUGAGAGUUGGUAGUUAUCUGUGUAGCGGUAGUGUAGCGGGCGUAGCUCCACCAUUGGACCCGUUCUUACAAUAAAACUAUUGCAUAAUUA